GAGAACAUGUGGUAUUUGGUUUUCUUUUUCUGCAUUAAUUUGCUAAGGAUUUUGGCCUCCAACUCUAUCCAUGUUGCUGUAAAGGACAUUAUUUCACUUUUUAUGGCUGUAUAGUAUUCUACAGUGUAUAUGUACCACAUUUUCUAUAUCCAAUUCACCCUUGAUGUGCACCUAGGUUGAUUCCAUGUAUUUGCUAUUGUAAAUUGUGCAGUGAUGAACAUAUAAAUGCAUGUGUCUUUUUGGUAUAAUGAUUUAUUGUCCUCUGGAUAUAUACCCAAUCAUGGGAUUGCUGCAUCAAAUGGUCGCUUUAAGUUAUUUGAGAAAUCUCCAAACUACUUUUCACAGCGGCUGAACAAAUUUACAUUCCGAAAAACAGUGUGUAAGUGUUUCCUAUUCCCUGCAGCCACAUCAGCAUCUGUUGUUUUUUGACUUUUUAAUGAUAGCCAUUUUUGACUUUUUAAUAAUAGCCAUUCUAACUGGUGUGGGGUAAUAUCUCAUUGUAGUUUUGAUUUGUAUUUCUCUGAUAAUUAGUGAUGUGGAGCAUUUUUUCAUAUGUUGGUUGGUCACUUAUAUGUCUUCUUUAAAAAAAGUGUCUGUUCAUAUCCCUUGACCAUUUUUAAGGGGAUUAUUUGUUUUUGCUUAUUGACUGAAGUUCCUUAUAAAUUCUAGGUAUUAGAUCUUUGUUGGAUGCAUAGUUAGUGAAUAUUUUCUCCCAUCCUGUAGGUUAUCUAUUUACCCUGUUGAUUGUUUAUUUUGCUAUGCAGAAGGUCUUUAGUUUAAUUAGGUCCCAUUUGUCAAUUUUUGGUUUUGUUGCAAUGGCUUUUGGGCACUUAUCCAAAAACUUUUUGCCAAGGCUGAUGUUGGUAAAAGUAUCUUCUAGGUUUUCUUCUAAGAUUUUUAUAUUUUGAGGUCUUACAUUUAAAUUUUUAAUUAUCUUGAGUUAAUUUUUGUAUACAGUGAAAGGUAAGGGUCUAGUUUCAUUCUUCUGUAUAUGGCUAGCCAGUUAUCCCAGCACAAUUUAUUGAAUAGGGAGUCCUUUCCCCAUUGCUUGUUUUUGUCAGCUUUGUUGAAGAUCAGAUGGUGUAGAUGUGCAGCUUUAUUUUUAUGCCUUGUAAAUGGAAUUGUGCUCUCAGUUUCAUUUUUGGAUUGUUCAUUUCUGGUGCAUAGAACUGCAAAUUUUUUUGUAUAUUGAUCUUGUACCCUACAAUUUGGUGAAUUCAUUUAUUAAUUCUUAAAUUUUUGUGUGGAUUACUUAGAAUUUUCUAUAUACAAGAUAAAGUCAUCUACAAAUAGAAAUAGUGUUACUUAUUCCUUUCCAGCUGGGGUGCUUUUAUUUCUUUUUCUUGCCUAAUUGCCCUCAUUAGAACAUCAAGUACUAUGUUGACUAGAAGUGGUGAGAGUGGACAUACUUGUUUUAUUUCUCAUCUUACAGGAAAUGUUUUCAAGUCUUUCCCCUUUAAGUAUGGGGUUAGCUGUGGGUUUUUCAUAGAUACCCUUUAUCAGGUUGAAGAAGUUCUCUUCUUUCCUAGUUUGUUCAUUGUUUUUUAACAAGAUAAGAUGCUAGGUUUUCUCAAAUGCUUUUUCUGCAUUUAUUGAGAUGAUCAUAUGGAGUUUGUCCUUUGUCCUAUUAAUAUGGUGCAUUACAUUUAUUGUUUCAUAUGUUGAAUCAACCUUGCAUUCCUAGGAUAAAUGCCACUUUGUCAUGAUGUAUAAUCUUUUUCAUAUGUUGCCAAAUAAAGUUUGUUGAGAACUUUUACAUCUAUAUUUAUAAAGGUAUACUGGCCUGUCAUUUUCCUUUCUUGAAGUCUUAGUUUUGGUGCCAGGGUAAUACUGGCCUCAUAGAAUGAGAUGGGAAGUGUUCUUCUUCUCCUUUUUUUCAGGGGGUGAAGAGUCUGUGUCCUAUAAACAUAUUUGGCAGAAGUCACAGAUUAAGCUAACUGAACCUGGGCUCCUCUUUGUGGAACAUUAAAAAAAAUUAUUACUACUAAUUGAAUUGCUUUACUUGUUAUAGGGUAUUCAGAUUUUCUAUUGCUUCCUGAAUCAGUUUGGGUAGCUUGUUUCUUUCUUGAAAUUUGUUCAUUUCAUCUAGUUUAUCUAAUUUGCUGGCAUAUAACUUCUCAUAAUAUUCCUCUAUAAUAUUUUGUAUUCCACAGGUUGGUAAUAAUGUCCCCUCUUUCAUUUGUGAUUUGAUCCAUGUGUUUUAAGGAAAAGUUUGUGUCCCCACGAGUAUCCCUCCAUAAAAAACAAAACCUCCAGAAAAUUCUGUCUGAGACUAAUUUCAACAGUUACAACGUUACAACAAAGACAAAUUUAAAACAAAAUGCUUCUGGUGUAAUUUGUGGUAAAUGAUAGCUUGUGUUCAGACUAGACUUGAUCAUCACUGCUCAAAAAAUGUCCUUUAAAAAUUAUGCAAAUUUUGAUACAUCACCCAUCAUCCAUUACUUCUAUUUUCCAAAGUCUUGAAGUAUUUUAGAAGUUCAAUUAAGGCUUAUCUCUUAUCAGUAUUUUCAAGUUUUCUCAGCAGCAAUUCAUAGAGCAUAUUGAACGAAAUUAAGCAGCCACACAAAACCUGUCCAAAAUCCAAACACAAGUGUAGCAAUUUCAGAUAAGGUUUUGUCAUUUGUGGCAAAUAAAAUGAUAAAUACCAAUAAAAAUGCACAUCCUAUCCCACAAGUAAUAUAAAAAUCUAGUAUUUCUUUUGGUGUGGCAACUGCAAUAAACUGGAGUACACAAACACAGUCAGAAUAAGGAAAUUCAUAAGAAAGGCACUGUGUCACAUGAAAUUCACAUAAGUGAGGUCCUCCACAAAAAGUGUAUUACAGGGACAAACCCUUUUCCCAGCUAAAGGCUGGGAGAGAGAGAACAGCUGGAAGUCUCUGAGAUCACCACCGCCACUGGAGCUGGCCAAGGGACACAAAGGUACUAAGAUCAUUUCUGCUCUCUGGUAGGAGGUGGGUCCUCCUUUGUGUUGGACUGCACCCUGUUCCCUUCUUCACUGAGAAUCUGAGAAGUCUUCUGGUGAUAGCUGAACACUUAAGAUGCCAGCCUCAGAGUAGGUCAUUCUGGUUUGCCCUAUGCCAUGUGGUAAGAAGCCAGUCAGCCUGCCCAUUUGAGAAAGGCCUGCUGUUUCUGGAGUGAAGUCUGCCUAAUUCUGGAGUGAAAUAUUAGCAGGACCUUUGCAUCAUCACAGAUCUAAAUGCAAGUUCUCCACUUAGUUUGAUCAGUAAUAAAAGUACUGUAGUAUUAUUAAUUCUCUGUUUGACUUCUCUAUUUCCCAAUUUGAUCUGAACUUAAAAGAGGAAGAAAGGAUUGUUAUGUCUUGAGCUCCUAAAACUUCAACUCAAAGCUUUCAUUGUAAUAUUCUCAAGAAGUGACAGUCUGCAGACUGUCAGUGCAGAUGGUGACAGUCUGCAGACAGUGCGCAACCUCGGUUCACUGCAAGCUCCGCCUCCCGGGUUCACGCCAUUCUGCCUUAGCCUCCCGAGUAGCUGGGACCACAGGCGUCCGCCACCGCGCCCGGCUAAUUUUUUUGUGUGUUUUUUUAGUAGAGACGGGGUUUCACCAUGUUAGCCAGGAUGGUCUCGAUCUCCUGACCUCGUGAUCCGCCCGCCUCGGCCUCCCAUAGUGCUCGGAUUACAGGCGUGAGCCACCGCGCCCGGCUUGAUCCUAGCUUUUUGUAGGUGACUGACCUAGGUGGUACAAGAUGUCCUGUACUUGUUCAUUUAUUCACACAUACAACACAUAUUUAUUGACUUCUUACCAUAAACUGUUUAAGGAGCCUGGUGGGGAUACCGCAUAAACAAACAAGCAAAAAUAGACAAAAAUCUUUGUCUAGAAAUAUAUAAAUAUAGAACAUUUUAUAGAAUAUAUAACAGAAAACAGAAAAAAAUAAAUAUGAAAAUAGCCUAAUUUUCAGGGUUUUCCUUUUUUUACAUACCCUUCAUGGUUAACGGUUAGUGGUUAAUGGGGAUUACCCAUUAACUCCCACCCUCCUUCCCAGCUCUCUCCCAAGACUUAGUUUCAGGAACUAGAAAAUUCUGAUUCAGCUUGGGUGCAAUGGCCGCUCAAAGGGCGAGGCUUAUUCGAAGCCUCAAAUUCAGAAAACCCGGCCAGACCUUGGAAGUUAAGAAGGUGGAAGGCAGAUCGCGGAACCAGUGUUCUGAUAGUUGUGGUUCUCUGAGGGAAGCCAAUUCUGGGGACCGGUAGUGGAAAGCUCUUGCGCUGUUUCCGGCCACCUCAGCGGGAAGCGGAGACGCAAGCAGCUGGAUCUCCGGUAACUGAGACAUAGGGUAUAACUGUUGUCGCGGCGGAGGAAGUGAGGACGGCGCCAAGGGCCUUCCGGGCCAGUGUUGGAUCCCUGUAGUUUGUGAAGAUGGUGUUGCUAACAAUGAUCGCCCGAGUGGCGGACGGGCUCCCGCUGGCCGCCUCGAUGCAGGAGGACGAACAGUCUGGCCGGGACCUUCAACAGUAUCAGAGUCAGGCUAAGCAACUCUUUCGAAAGUUGAAUGAACAGUCCCCUACCAGAUGUACCUUGGAAGCAGGAGCCAUGACUUUUCACUACAUUAUUGAGCAGGGGGUGUGUUAUUUGGUUUUAUGUGAAGCUGCCUUCCCUAAGAAGUUGGCUUUUGCCUACCUAGAAGAUUUGCACUCAGAAUUUGAUGAACAGCAUGGAAAGAAGGUGCCCACUGUGUCCCGACCCUAUUCCUUUAUUGAAUUCGAUACUUUCAUUCAGAAAACCAAGAAGCUCUACAUUGACAGUCAUGCUCGAAGAAACCUAGGCUCCAUCAACACUGAAUUGCAAGAUGUGCAGAGGAUCAUGGUGGCCAAUAUCGAAGAAGUGUUACAACGAGGAGAAGCACUCUCAGCAUUGGAUUCAAAGGCUAACAAUUUGUCCAGUCUGUCCAAGAAAUACCGCCAGGAUGCGAAGUACUUGAACAUGCGUUCCACUUAUGCCAAACUUGCAGCAGUAGCUGUAUUUUUCAUCAUGUUAAUAGUGUAUGUCCGAUUCUGGUGGCUGUGAAAUAAUGAAUACAGUCACUGGUAAGGGAGAACCUAGAACCCAGUAGGUGUAUAUUUUCAGGAAACUGAGCUCACAGAGAUGUGUAUUAGAAUCCAAGUGGAACUUCUGCCUCUAAAGACCUUGCAAGAAAAGAGAUGUCCUGAAAAUGAAAGGUUGCACCUCAUUUAAUGAAGCUUAACCCUAUGUAGAAAGUCUCUUUCGGGGGCAGAGGCUUUCUCUGGGUGCCAGGCCAUAUAUAUUAGGGAAUAGUAGAUUGUUAUUUCGUUUUUUCCCUCCCAGUGCAUUUUAAAAACAGCACUGGCUGGGGCAUUCUCAUUCUCUGAUGGAGCCAUCAGUGAGAUUUAACUUAGUCAACCUGUGCUAGCAACAUUCUGAAAUUCCUUCAAAGAAGGCAGUCCUUUGGGAAGGUGUUUUUUUUUUUUUUUUUUUUUUUUUUUUUGACUCUAAUCAACAUUCCUUUUGUUGGUGACAUUUGUGAUUUUCAGUAAUCUGAGUUUUUGAUGGCCUUUUAAACAAGACUCCAGUAUGUGAAGGUUAAUUGCUGUGCUCCACAGAUCUUGUCUAUUGGCCCCUGUAGAAAGUUAACCUUUGUUGUUUUCCUUUUAUAAUUUGCUUAUUGCACAAUUGCUUUAGGGUAAGUGAAUUAUAUUAAGAUGCCUUGAAAUUAUAGCACUCCUUGAUUAAGAAGCUAAAAUGUUUGUCUCAUUUACUCCUUAAAAGACUUAAAUUAGUUUGGGUCAUUAUUACUUUUAUUUUGCAGCAUUUGGUUUGUUAUUAGUGUAAGAGCAAGUAUAGGAUAUGGAGAGGCCCCUGGCUUCAUGAGAACAAAGGAAGGCCCAGGUUAUAAUUACAGCUUUCUCCUGCCCCUUCUUUACUUUCUCUACCACAGUUUUCUCCACUGUUUGUUUUCCUCUUGCCACAAUUUGCUAACAUUUAAAAAAUUUUCCUGCACCCAGUAGUUUCAUAUCCUGUAGACAUCCUCUUAGGACACUCUCAAAUUUCAAAAUAAAAAAUAUUCAUCUAUGUAGUUAAUUAAAGUUAAAGUUUUUGCAGAUCAACUACUCAAACUACUAAAUACAUUUACCUGAGAAAAAGUCUCUGAGAGCACUUCAUUCCUGUUUUAGUUCAUGUAAAUUCUCUGAGAAUGUUCUGGAGAUAGAUAACUCAUUUACAGUGGUUUCUAUUAACUAAUUAAAGUACCCAUGAUUUUUUCCUUUUCUGCUCAGGGAUGAUGGAGAUUUCCUUUUACCUUCUGAGGUAGAAUUUUUUAAUGGGGAAAAUAGGCCUUUUAAAUAUUAUUGCCAGGAUCUGCAAUAAUAACUUAAAAUUCCUGUACAUACUGCAAAUAUUUCUUUAAAUUGCACAGGAAAAUGAGCGAACUUUUUAUUUCUUAAUAUCUUUGGCAAAAAACUUUAACCAGUAAGCAAUUUUAUCACCCUGAGGGAUCAUCAAAGAUACUAUCCUGAUUCCUGGUAAGGAAAAAUAUAUUAUUUCUUUAUAACAAGGCAAGGAGAAAUGCUAUUUUAUUCCUGAUAAUUUAUAUAACUAGAAUAAUUUUUUUCCUUUCUUUUAUGGACCUAAAUCUGCCAAUUGGGAAUUUUGUGCAUGAAAUAUGAAGUUACUUUUUAUAGAUAAUCAGUGCUUUUAAGUCCCUAAAAGGCUCCUGCUGAAGUAAUGAUGAUGUUGAUAAUAAAAGCCUUUGAAAGGCUGAAAACCUACAUAGUGGUACCAUAGUAUUUGGAGCUUCUAUAGGAGUGGAGAGGGGCAGCUCAUUGUUGAGAGUUGCAUGCUGCAACCUAAUGGUCAGCAAUGAAAUAAAUACUUGUAGAAUGUUCA